AUGUUUCGCACUCAGGCCCGCCGCGCCAGGAGCCGCCGUUUCCGCCGCGCGCACGCCUGCGUGGACCGGUCCACCUGCCACCGUGAGACGCGCGGCGCCGGCGGGCCCAUGGCGUCCCCACCUGGCGGCUCCCUGAGCCUCCUGCUCUGGCUCCUGCUCCUCCAGCCCCCGCUGGAGGCGGCGCAGGACGGGUCCGCGCCACGCCCACCCUCCCCGGCGCCCACCUCCCCGUCGUCGUCGUCGGGGGGCGGCCGCGAGGGCCCCGGCGCGAGCCUGGGGAGGGUUGAGGGACCGUCUGCGACCCCGGGGCCGCAAGAGGCUGCUGUAUUCUCCCAGUUGGUGGAACUGAUCCCAGGGUGUGGCCAAGUAGUUGCGAAAAUCUUGGGAGGAAAGGAGGCCGAAGAGGGGAAGUGGCCUUGGCAGGUGAGCGUGAGGAUCAACGAGAAACACGUGUGCGGAGGCUCCCUCAUCACACAGCAGUGGGUGCUGACUGCAGGCCACUGUAUUUUAAGCCAAUUCCACUACAGUGUCAAGAUGGGAGGUCGGAGUGUCUAUAAAGAAAUCACCAGUGUGGUGAUCCCCGUCCGAAACAUCAUCAUCCACCCCGAGCUCUCAGUAGUCGGAACCAUUCAAAAGGACCUUGCCCUUCUCCAGCUCCUCCACCCUGUAAACUUCACUGUGACCAUCCAGCCUGUAUGCAUCCCUCAGAAGACCUUCCGGGUGGAAGCUGGGACCACGUGCUGGGUGACCGGAUGGGGCAGAAAAGAGGAAUAUGGCGGCGACCCCAUUACAGCUGUUCUCCAUGCGGUCGACCAAGACAUCAUGCACCAUGAAAGGUGUCAUACGAUGAUUCAGAAAGCCAUAACAACAAAGAAGAGUGUAGUACUGGAAGGGAUGCUCUGUGGCUAUAAAGAAGCUGGGAAGAAUUCUUGUCAGUUCUGCUUGGCGUCCACUGAGCCUGUAGAGAGCCCCACAGGAGAAAGUGGCAGCGAGGCUGGAGCCCCGAAAGUGUCCCAGCCUGAUGCCCCCAGUCACCUGCCUCGGCCACACCCACGACCUUGGCUGUGCCCUGCUUGCCCCGAAGGAGAGGGGUCAAGCAUCCCAGCCCGAGAGCCAGCCGACCUGCCAGGUGGAGCCCGGUGCUUCCUUGCCAUCUUGGAGAGCCUCUACCAGAGAAGACACCUCAUGAGCAGUGAGGCAGCCUUGGACCUGGCUGUGGUCUCAGGCUGUCACCUGAGACUGGGUCGAAGCGGGCAGCUUGCAGAUUGUGCAGAGAGAGGGAGGAGGCAUCACCAUGUCCCUGCUGAGCUGUGAGGCCUGGAGUUUCCACAUCUGACUGGGCUGUCUGGGGCUGGGAGACAUUUCCCCUGCCCCCAGCGCAGAUCCAGCCGUGCGUGGCCAGCCUGUGGCACACAGGCCCUCCUGGGGCAGCCCCGUGAUGGGGCCCCCUUCCUCAGUCCCUAGUGGCCCCAUCCAGGCUCACCCCGAGGUGUGUGGAGGCAGUGAUGGAGUGCAGAGAUCUCAGGUGUCAAUUGAAUAAAUG